CACGAGGGAGCCCCUUUAUAUGCCAAAACCCUAGUUUCUGACCUUUUCUCACUUGCUGGUAAAAGAAAUCCUCGCGAAAGACGCUCUGCCCAUCGACGAGGCGGCGGUUCAAGGAGCUACCGGCGAGAAAAAUAACAAUAUGGCGGACAAGGCUGUGACUAUCCGAACAAGGAAGUUCAUGACAAAUCGUCUACUCUCCAGGAAACAAUUUGUCAUUGAUGUGUUACAUCCAGGACGUGCCAAUGUUUCCAAGGCUGAGUUGAAGGAGAAAUUGGCAAGGAUGUAUGAAGUGAAAGAUCCAAAUGCCAUAUUUGUGUUCAAGUUCAGGACCCACUUUGGUGGAGGCAAAUCAACUGGUUUUGGCUUGAUCUAUGAUUCUGUUGAGAAUGCAAAGAAAUACGAGCCAAAAUACAGGCUCAUCAGGAACGGUCUGGAUACCAAGGUUGAGAAGUCCAGGAAGCAACUGAAGGAGAGGAAGAACAGAGCAAAGAAGAUCCGUGGCGUGAAGAAGACUAAAGCUGGAGAUGCUGCUAAGGCUGGCAAGAAGAAAUGAGGUUGUAGGAUAUCAUGCUUUUCAUGUUUGGAAACUGAAGACAGAAUUCUCUUUGCAGCCAAGUUUCUUAUUUUGUUUGUCAUUUUCACUAGUUAUUUUUUGUUGCCUUUUUAUUAGAAGAAAUGCAAUUUUGUGGAGUUUUUCAGCGCCAAGUAUUCAAUUCUUAAAUCUCAUUCACGGAUUGGAAAGAAGUGAAACAUUCAGUUUCAUAUGAUUAUAUUAUGAUCUCUUGCUUGUAUGCAUCGCUAUGUUUAUUCCGA